CAUUGUCACGUAAACAAACCCACAUAUUGCACGCACGAAAGUUCAAACAGUAUACGUUUUAUGAACACGAAACUCGUGUCCUGAUAGGCCUCGGGAAUGUGUUAAUUACGCUCCGCCCAGACUAUUACUUUAAAAGCGGCCAGUCACCAGUGUCAUUACUUCAGUCAUCCACAGCAACUCCCUCAGGCUCACCGCAUCCCUCUCAGCUCCGCCAGACGGCCACGGGAAAGGGAAAAGAAAGGACUACUACACCAGCUGGGUCCCGAGGAAAGCCGCGACUCCCUAACAGCCCGCUGCAAGGCCUUGAAGCGUGGCACCAUAGCUCCAACGCCCGGAGGAGCACCGCCACUGUUUCUUUCACCUUCGUGAGAACUCGACUCACUCCUACACACCAAGAUGAAACUUCAGGGUGUUAACUUCCUCGACGGUGCUCCAGCCACACACCCGAGGCUCGUGGACAGCCCUCACCAACACAACACCAGCAGCCCUCUCGGAGAUGCCGCGUCUCUGUAUCCACAGUCCUCCAAUUCGGCCACUCACUCACCUGCCCACCUGGACCACGCGAAUUUCCAACAACAUAACACCAGUAGCCCCUUCGUAAGUGCCGUAGCCCUGGACCAUUGCACCUCGGAUUUGAACAUGCUGCAGCCACACCUGGACGAUGCGAAUUACCACCAACAUAACACACUGCAGCCUCACUUGGACCACGCCUACGUACAAACACACAACACCAGCAGUCCCCUCAGAGGUGCCGCGUGCCUGGAACCGCACGCCUCCAGUUGGGCCACCCCGCAAUCCCACCUGAACCAGGCGAACUUCCAACACCACGCCAGUAACCCCUUCGGAGGUGCCACGGCUCUGGACCAUUACACUUCCCAUCUCCACUCACCACAGAACCUCGUGAUGGAGGCGCAGCAGGCUGGGUUCACUGAGGCUCCCCACCCUCCUCCCAGCACCCAGGAGAAGCUUAACGACGUGACUACCUGGGGGAUUGACAAAAUCCGGGAAGUGGCAAUGCAUUUUUGUAAGAACCCAGAAGUCCUGGCAGUCUUCGACCUUCAAGACCCAACAAAUUCCAACAACGGUAGCGACGACGACGAAGAAGAGAUGGGUAUGUAUGGAGGGGUAAACCUCGAGCAUGACCCUCGACAAGUUGACCCUGCAGGCACAAGCCACGCACCUCCGCCUUCUGGGGGCGCUGGUUCUCGUGGACGCAGGUUGAGGGUGCACGAAUGGGGGCCUCAGUCAGACCCGGAAAAGGAAAAGCGGCGGAAAGAUGCUGUGCGUCAGUGGCAGCAGCGCAAGAAAGAAAAGGAUGGUUUUAAACAGCUUGAGAAAGACCUUCAGAACCAGAGGAAGGUCGUGAAAGCCCUGAGAAGGGAGGCGAGUUAUCUACAACAGGUCCUGCAAAGGCAUGAGCACAAGGAGGCUCAGCAAGGCUGCCUCAACUUGCUCCUGAAGCUCUCCUGACCUUGAUUACGUAAUAGUAAAAAAAUUCCUUCCACCCGCAAGUAGCUGUGCUGAUACUUAGGCCAUUUUUUUGUGUGUGAGAAAAUGUUUGAAGCUGUGUAACUGUAAAGUCUUUGUCAUUCUUUAUGAACACGUCUGGUGAAUGAAUGUUGUGUUUCGGUUCCCCGGCAGAGUCUUUCUCUUACCGCAACCUUUUCCUGCGAACGGCCUUUGUGUCCAGAGGUUAGGCAAGAACCCUGAAUAUCGACGCUGUGUCCGCCGUUCCUUGUGCUUUGAAAUAACUUACACCUAAUUUUUCCUGUGUGACUAAAGACAGUUUAGACUCUAGAAGGAGGUUAUAUGAUACAAAUGCUCCUUGAAGACUCGCGUUCCAUCUUAGUAAAGGAGAUGCUCCAUAUAUUAGAUGAGUCACUAGAAAUACCUCUGGCCAGAUGAAACAUAAAGGAUCUUAUUGAGAUUGUUUGCAUAUAUGAGUUUAUUUAGCUUUUAUUGGCAGUCUUAAGAGUUUUAUUCUUUUAAUUUUUGUUUUAUGUCUUUGUUGCUUAUGUUUUAUAAGAUCUCAUCGUACGUAGUUUUUAUAUGCAUUGCCUUAUAACACUACUGUACUUAUUUGGAGAAAUAAAGCGUUUGAUUUGAUUAUAACCUGAUUUAUUAGUU